AUGGAAAUAUUAGCGGGUAGUAACAGUGUUAGACGUAGUGGUAAUGAUCCUACUCGAUGUGGUGCUUGUGAAAGUGGUAUUGGCGGUGGUGUUAGUGUUGGCGGUAGUGGUAAUAUCAGUGAGAGUAGUGGUGGUAGCGGUGAUAGUAUAUUAGUGGCGGUGGGUUUGUUUGUAGUGGCGAUGGUUGUAGUAGUAUUAGUGGUUAGUGAAGUUGGCGGUAGUGGUGGCAUUGCUGAUAUUAUUGAUGUUGGUGUUGGUUGCAGUGAAUCUAUUUGCGUUGGUGUUUGUGGUGUUGGUGGUAUCGAUGUAAAUAAUGACAUUGGUAAUAACAGAACUAGCGAUGGUUUAGAUGCUGGUGGUGGAGGUCUUCGAGGUGGUGGAAGUUUUAGCGGCGGUGGUGUUGGUGUUAGUGGUGGUUAUAUUAAUGUUUCUGUUGUUUAG